GUUCCCUCGUCUAAGAUGUUACAAGAAGUCUUGUACCCAAACUUUUACAUCUUCCAGACAUUUCAAAGGUUCUGUGAUGUAGCAGUUUGCGUGGAGGGGAAGACAUUUUUCUCACACCGAGCCGUGCUUGCGUGUUGUUGCCCGUACUUCCAUUCCUUCUUCACUUGUGGACUACAGGACAGUCGAGAUGACAUGAUCACGCUACAAGGAAUUUCUUCAGACAGUUUUGCAAAAAUCCUGCACUUCAUCUACACCACAGAGCUUGAGCUGUGCCUUGAGACAGUACAAGAUGUUAUGGUGACUGCCAACUUUCUUCAAGUGCCAGAAGUGUUAGACAUGUGUGCUGAGUUUCUGUACUGUGAAGCAAACUUGGAGAACUGUGCAGAAAUUCUAGGGCUGUGUGAAGACUUCAACCUGCAAGAUCUAAGAAUGAAGAUACUAGAAUAUGUCAGAGACUGUAAGGUUAAAGAUGUGGAGAGUUUGGGCCUGUCCUCACAAGAUUUAGCACUACUGAAGACCCUCCCUGAAAGAAAGCUGGUUGCAGCAGCCUAUGAUUUCUACCUGUACACCGAGGAGACCAAGACAUGGGCCAUGAUCACCUCCCUUCCUGAAGGACCCAGAAGCCAGGAGGCCUUUGAGUCAGCCAGUCUUGGCAGCUGUGUGUAUGUGGUAGGAGGGAAACAGUAUCAACCUUACACCGUAGGUCCUGCUCUGUCUAAAGCACAGGUCUACGAUCUCAAGACUAACACAUGGCGAGACAUUGCCUUCCUACACCAAGAGAGAAAAUACCACUACAUGGUUGGUUUGAAUGGGUGGGUAUAUGCUAUGGGUGGGAUGGACUCUAAGUCGCAAUGUCUCCACUCGGUUGAGAGGUACAACCCUACGGGUGACUACUGGGAAUUUGUUGACUACUUGCCAUUGGAUUUCACCAUGUACUCUGUUACAACCUGCAUGGGUACUGUACUGAGGUACGUCCCUGUAGGUGCUUAG